UUCUAGUAUGACUAACGUGCUCCUCCUGAGGUCCGGUGACGUGGAGCAAAAUCCUGGUCCAAAUACCGACCCUGGCAAUCUAACUGAGUUCGAACUCCAUCUCCUUGCUGACGGUAUGGAUCCAUCAGACUUCAGGAAGGUUGGACUAGCUCUAGAAUUCACUGAGGCUCAACUAAGUCGGUUUGAGAGAGAUAGCAUUGGCAACAUAAUGCAAGCUACCUAUAAGAUGCUGUGUGAAUGGCUGAAGACAGUCCCACAAGUUGAAGCGAGGGAGAUACUGUCCAACAAGUUAAAAAACAUCAAUCUUGUACAGUUGGCCGACAGUGUACAGAAAGGUAAGGCCGGAGAUCACAUACCAUCAAUGACGGAAGAUGAAUUCCAACGGGUCAUCAUAGAGGUCAAGAAAUAUUCUGCCAUUCACCACUGUCAAAUUCAAGCCGAUCCACUGAACAGCGACCUUCUACUUAAAUUUAAUCGGAUUUUCACAAAUCUGACUUUGAUGGAAGAAGAUAAGGGAACAAAGCAUAAGACACCGUUACUCUACAAAGACCUACUCAAGACCAAGGUAAACGGGGUCUUUCCUCAACGGCUGCUGGUUGAAGGUGAAGGUGGUGUAGGGAAGACAACUCUCUGUGCAAAAAUCGUUUGGGACUGGAUUCAUGGAGCAAGUUACCAAGAUUUCAAACUUGUACUUCUCGUCCUCCUUCGUGAAGUUAAGGAUAAGACAAUUGGAGAGAUUAUAAAGUCCUACCUCCCAGAUGACAAUAAGGUUACAGCCAUGCAGCUAAACAUGUAUGUCUUUUCCCAUCAGAAAGACAUCCUUCUCGCUCUGGACGGUUUUGAUGAGUUUGCUGGCGAUCUGGAUAGCUAUUACCAAAUCGCCCUAAUCAUCCUGAAUCGGCUUUUCAAGUCAGGGAAAGUACUAAUUACAUCAAGACGAUGGAGAUCAGAUGAGAUACGGAAAAUUACAGAGCUUAGAAAGCUGUAUGCUUUCAUUGCCGUGGAAGGUUUCUCUGAUGAGAAUCUCUCUUCCUACGUCACCAAGUUCUUCCAUCCUGACACAAUUUCGGCUGAAGAUUUGAAUCGAUUUAUAUCAAAUAACGAUGUGAUCAGAGAGAACAUGGCUCCAUACCCCAUAUACACAGCUAUGAUGUGUAUCAUGUGGAAAGAAUUCGAUGGAGCUCGUCGCAUAGCAAUGUCGAAAUUACAAACAUUUUCUCAGCUCAUUAACGAGAUGGUCCAAUUCUUGGUCGAUCAUUAUCUCUCAAAGCUCGGUCUGUCCGCAAGAGACGAGGAAUGGCAUGUACAGCGUGCAGAAAUACUUCUCCAUCUAUCCCACAUCGGUGGUCUUGCAUUCCAGGGGCUCAAGGAAAGGCGAUUGGUGUUCACUGAACAAGAGUUCAAGAGCUGGCCCGGGUGUGUCACAAUAGGUUGUCAAGUUGGAGUACUCACUAAACAAGCACCGAUCCUUCAGAGGAGAAGCAGAAUGUGUCACGCACAUUCCGCAGACUCAUCUGUGCAGUUUCCCCAUAAGCUGUUUCAGGAGUAUCUAUCAGGAAUGUAUCUUGCAUCUCUUCACAGCUCAAACAAAAGCAAAUACCAUAGGUCGAUGAAGGAUAUAAUCGAAAAAGCAAGUGAAUUCCGUGAGCUUCUGUACUUCACCUCGGCUCAACAGAAGGAGGUUGGAUUGGAUAUCAUAACUCGUCUCAAAGCAUCAACGUCAACACGAUCAAUGAGAUAUGGAGAUAACGAUGAUGACUUCAUCGUUGAUGUAGCAUAUGAGAGUCAAGACCAAACAGUGUCCAAAACUGUGGCAAAUCAUUUAUCGACUUCAUCCAGCAAAACGCUUACGAUCGGGAAGGAGAUGCAGGGACACACGGUAUCAGGACAUAUCUUCAUCAUGAAUUAUCGUAAAGUGACAAAUCUGAAAAUUGUAAAGCCAUGUGGACGGACUGCUUCAGAGGACCUGGCUGAAUUCAUGUGCUCCUCAAACACCCUGAGCUCUGUGACGAUCCGUAUGCCUAAAGUCAAAGCGGAUGCACACAUGCAUGAUGUGUUCUAUUCUGUGCUUGCUCGGAACGCCACUGAUACAAAGAUUGAGCGUCUUAAUAUCAAUGACAUUAAACUCAGUCAACGUCAGUCUGCAUCGCGUGAACUCGCUCAGUUCAUUUGUAAGAUGCCUCAUCUCAGGGAACUUCAUCUCGGUGACAGAAACAUCAGUCCCUCUCUUCAUGACGAGUUCUAUUCAACGUUGUCAUCAUUAGCAUCGUCUGCAAAGAUUGAGCGUCUUAAUAUCAAGUACCUUGAUCUCAGUCAAUGUAAGUCUGCAUCACGUGAUCUGGCUCAGUUCAUUUGUAAGAUGCUUCAUCUCAGGGAACUUAAUCUUCGUUCUUUUCGCAACAGUUCGAAAUAUCAUGACGAGUUCUAUUCAACAUUAUCAUCCUUGGCAUCGUCUGCAAAGAUUGAGAUUCUUCAUCACAAUGAGGAUCUCAGGGAACGUCCGUCUGCAUCACGUGAUCUUGCUCAGUUCAUCUGUAAGAUGAAUCAUCUGAAGAACCCUUCACUCUACGGUCAGUAUCAUGAUGACUUCUACUCAACAGCAUCGUCGAUGGCAUCAACUUCAAAGAUUGAGAUUCUUCAUCUCAGUGAGAAUCUUAGUGAACGUCCGUCUGCAUCACGUGAUCUCGCUCAGUUCAUCUGUAAGAUGAAUCAUCUGAAGAACCUCACACUCUACGGUCUGUAUCAUGAUGACUUCUACUCAACAUCAUCAUCGAUGGCAUCAUCUGCAAAGAUUGAGAUUCUUUAUCACAAUGAGAAUCUCAGUGAACGUCCGUCUGCAUCACGUGAUUUCGCUCAGUUCAUCUGUAAGGUAAAUCAUCUUAAGAACCUCACACUUGACGGUCAGUAUCAUGAUGACUUCUACUCAACAGCAUCGUCGAUGGCAUCAACUACAAAGAUUGAGAUUCUUCGUCACAAUGAGAAUCUCAGUGAACGUCCGUCUGCAUCACGUGAUUUCGCUCAGUUCAUCUGUAAGAUGAAUCAUCUGAAGAACCUCACACUCUACGGUCAGUAUCAUGAUGACUUCUACUCAACAUCAUCGUCGAUGGCAUCAACUACAAAGAUUGAGAUUCUUCAUCACAAUGAGAAUAUCAGUGAACGUCCGUCUGCAUCACGUGAUCUCGCUCAGUUCAUCUGUAAGAUGAAUCACCUGAAGAACCUCAAACUCUGCGGUCAGUAUCAUGAUGACUUCUACUCAACAUCAUCAUCGAUGGCAUCAUCUGCAAAGGAUGACUGCAACACGAGCUCAAAUGUGACUGAUCUGACCGUUACUGAUUAUACACUAGAAGAAUGGCAGGAUUGUGGAUCGAUGUUUGACAAUGUGAAGAGAUUCACCAUACAGUAAUGGGACACGAUUACAUGUGACGUCAUCCAGAGGAUCCAUCUACCAGCAGUGACAGAGCUCACCAUUCAAACACAUGAGCGUGUGCAUCGCCCGGCUUCUCUCCACGAUGAUCACACCUCACUACCCAAUGCUCUCCACAAGGUCUCAUCUCAGCUUGUCAAGGUCACAUUCACAGAUCUCGACAUUGGUAACGAUAAGAUAAGAGGCAUCAUUCAAGCUUUCAGAUCAUCGGACGAGAAACUUCUGAAGAUCGUAAGGUUCAUAAGAUGUGGGACUGAUGAGAGAUUAGAUCGUUUUAGUAUUGAUUCAGAUGAUGAACAUAAGGUAAAGGUGGAGAUAGAACAUGGCAAACCAGUUGGUAAAUACUUUUUCAGAUGAAGUUGCGGCAUCAAGGUCAUGACGAAUCAGACGAGCUUAAUAUUCAUGCAUGAUGGCAGCCAACAAGAAGCCAUGAGUUAUUUUAUUUUGGAGUACCAUAAUUGGAACAGAUUUACUGGUAAUGAAGAUCCAACACCUUAAAGAUAAAUUCCAGUAUUGGUAACGAUCUCAAAAUGACU